AUGGGAGAUCCUCGUCCGCCUGCCCCCCAAAUCCCUCCUCCGCUGCCGCACCGUCUGCAGCGCCUGGCGCCGCGCCACCUCCGCCCGCAACUUCCUCCUCGCCACCACGCCCGCCAGCCAGCCCUUCCCAUCGUCUCCGGCUACGGUUACGGCGGCCACUACUGCCACCGAGACAUCAUCACCUUCGACCAACGGGCUGCCGACGCCCAGCUCCAACACGUCAUCCAGCUUGACGUCGAGGGGUUCUGCCGUCUGGAGGCCUCCUGCGACGGCCUCCUCCUCCUCUCCUGUGACACGCCUGACGUCUCCUGCCUCUACAUCUACAACCCGGCCACUCGUCAGUAUACUACAGUGCCGGUGCUGCGUGACUCAUUCAUGGUCUUAGGAAUGUACUGGCACCGCCCUACUGGCGAGUACCGGGUACUACUUAUGUAUGAAAAGGAAAUCAGGCUCCGUCCAUUCAUCGUCCUCCUGGAACAUGAUACCUGCUGUAUCUUCACAUUGGGCUCCAUCCAGCCGCCCCGGAAUAUCGGGCGUCCGCCCGAGGCGGAGCAAGUGUGUUCACGCGGUGGGGUGGCUCUCAUGUUCCGUGGCAGCCUGCAUUGGCACAUAGACCAAAAUGAGACUGAAAGCAACAUGAUAGUGGUAUUCGACACCACAACUGAGUCGUUCAAGCAAAUGCAUGCUCCAGUGGCAUUGCGGCAAGCUAAACUGUUUGAGAUGGAUGGCGUGCUCGGCAUGUUCGGUCGUAAUGAUGUUGGUGCUAUCAUCAAUAUAUGGGAAUUGCAGGACUAUGAAAACCAGGUCUGGACCUUCAAGUGCAAGAUUAAAUUACCGGUUAAUGAGAUCAUGGUGCUAUGUCGAAAUAUCAACAGUUCUUGGCAUGCGGUGGUCAUGCCUGGGGAUGGUGAGUUGCUCGUGCUAGUCCAGUACGCCGAGUGGCUACUUCAGCUUGACAUGGAUGGCAAGUUGGUUGCCAGCUUUCAUCAACGGGAAGUCACUCCCACUCAACUGCAGCUCAAACAAACUCUUGUCCCACAUACUUUCUUUCCAGAUGGUUAUGUUGUGAAUGCAGUGCCUCAGAUCUGA